AUGGCGUGCCAAGCCUCAGUAGGCGAAGCCCCCAGUUGGGGUGAACAAGCUGCGGCGCGCCAUCGCCACCACGGGGGUGGGGGCCCCUCGGGCAGCUUUGCAGCGUUUGAGGCGGAGGCGGGCGCCGUGCUGGAGUUCAUCUACAACACGCAGCUCGAACACGCCGCCUGUUCCGAGGUGGAGUGUGUGACAAUGGACGGGUCAGCAGAGAGCUAUUCUCUCCUGGGCGACUAUGGGGCAGGGCAGCAGCUGUACCGCGUGCACAUGGACACAGCCACGGGGCAGCGCUGCCUCGAGUUCUGCUCGCUGCUGCCCUUCCACCAGGCUGUGGUGGGGACGGCGCAGGUAGCGGAGUGA